GGGGGAAUACGGGGAUACGUAUUAUACAGGUUCAGACCAGUCUGAUAUGAUCAGCAUGGAGUGUCAUCCAGGUCCCAUGGUGCAGCAUGGGGCCGGUAUGGGUCUGCACAUGGAUACACAACAAUCAUUAUUACAUCAUGUGCAGGCCCCACAACAACAUUCAGAUUCCGAAUCAAAGAAAAAACAAAUGUUUUUUGUUUCAGAAGAUAAUGGAUCACAUGGUGGAAUAGGCGGUGAUGGUCACGGCGGUGUAAAUCAGCUGGGUGGUGUAUUUGUUAAUGGCCGACCCUUACCAGAUGUAGUUCGACAACGAAUUGUCGAAUUAGCACAUAAUGGGGUACGACCGUGUGAUAUAUCAAGACAACUUCGUGUUUCUCAUGGCUGUGUAUCGAAAAUUCUUUCAAGGUAUUAUGAAACAGGAAGUUUUAAAGCUGGAGUAAUUGGUGGAUCAAAACCAAAAGUUGCCACACCGCCUGUUGUAGACGCAAUUGCAAAUUAUAAACGUGAGAAUCCAACAAUGUUCGCAUGGGAAAUUCGUGAUAGAUUAUUAGCGGAAGGUAUUUGCUCACAAGAUAAUGUACCCAGUGUAUCAUCAAUAAACAGAAUUGUUAGAAAUAAAGCAGCGGAAAAAGCGAAACAUGUACAUCACCAGCAACAAGCGGCAGCAGCUGCGAAUAAUCAAACAAAUUUGGGUAGUAAUGGACCACCUCCCGGAAAUAAUAAUUCUGUUGGCAAUGGUAAUUCAGGAACUGGUGGGCCUGUAUCAGUAAUAGCUCAUGCGGGUUCAGGUGGUACAACGCAAUUAGGUGGAAGCACGGGUGUAGAUCAACGUGCCGGAUCUUAUAGCAUAAACGGUAUAUUGGGUAUACAUCAUCAUAGUGAUCCAAAUGGUAACAGUAUUAAAAGGAAACGAAUUGAUGAUCAUGACGAAAAUCGUGAUUUAAAUGGCGGUCACCCGGAUGAUGACUUAAAAAGACAAAGGACACAAUAUAAUGGGGACCAAUUAUAUUCAAAUCUAUGGUCAAGCAAAUGGAGUAUCAAAGAUGAACAUAAGUUACUGUCAGAAUUAGGUGGCGGUGGUGGUGCUAAUGGACCUGGAGGUCCUGGUUCAGGUGGACCCACUACCGGUGGUUAUUAUGAUUCACACAGUGGUGGUUUUACAACAAAUCCAGGUGUCACUUCAGCGGCGGAUCUGUAUGAUUCAAUUAGUACAAUGUCACAAACACAAUGUGGUACAAAUAGCAUUUAUACGCCGCCAAUUGGAGGAGGAUCUUUAGGAUCUGGUUCUUUAACACCUUUGGCACCGAUCAGUAUGCAAGAAAUGAAACUUGGAGCAAAUGUUCUAGAUCCAGCAUUAUCACCGUAUCAUACAGCUGAGACUAGUUCACCAUACAGUGCAGUUGUUGGCGUUGGUGUUGUAGAUAGUGGUGGCUCACCAGGUCUACCCUUAACAUUACCUGCUGAGCCACCAUUAACGCGUGCCGAUCAACAGCAGCAACAAAAUGCAGCGACGCAUUCACCAGAUCCAGUAUCUACUGGCGGUUUAACGGUUUUACAAACCCCAACCGCUUCGUCAUACUCCACAAUGUUACCUAGUUUUGGAUACAGUACAGGUGGAACAACGGUGGUUCCAGGCUCAGAAUAUGCAUACAGUUCAGCGUACAGUCAAUAUGGCGCAACAUACGGCACAUACGGCUAUAGUGGUGCCUCUACUGGGCUCCUCAGUAAGUAAACCAUUCUCCAUACUAUUAUUGUAAUAACGAGAUGCCAAAUGUGAAUGGAAAUGGAAUUACCACUGAGCCACAAAUUACGGAUAAUUUUGAUCAAUCAACAAGCAGAUCACCUCUAGCUGCUACCAGAGCAAACUCACUUGCGUCGGCCAAUUCUCC